CACCCGCAAUACAUUUGACAUUACUAUUCGUCAUCUCAGCAGUAAAAACCUAAAGUUUGUUUUGUCGUAUAAAAUAAUUUAAAAUAUAGUCUAAUUAAGGCAAAAUUAAAUAAAUAAAUACAAGAGAAUAAUUUAGAUAAUUUGUUGGUGACUUGGUUUUAGCGGUUUCUUGUUAUCAAGAAACUACAAGUAAAAGAACACACCUUAAAAAGUUUUGCCAAAAACAUAGCAGAGAACUAGCAGAGCAGAGAGUGGGUGCAACGCGAAGAAGCAGCAGAAGCAGAAGGAAUAACAAGUGUUAAAAAUGGAUAGUAAAGGACGCAAUGUUAUAGUUUGCGACAAUGGUACCGGCUUUGUCAAAUGCGGUUAUGCCGGCAGUAACUUUCCCGCACAUAUUUUUCCCUCAAUGGUUGGCAGGCCAAUCAUUCGUGCUGUUAACAAAAUUGGAGAUAUCGAAGUUAAGGAUUUACACGUUGAUGAUUUAAUGGUUGGUGAUGAAGCAUCACAGCUACGUUCUUUAUUAGAGGUAUCAUAUCCCAUGGAAAAUGGUGUUGUACGAAACUGGGAAGAUAUGUGUCAUGUGUGGGAUUACACAUUCGGACCCAAGAAAAUGAAUAUCGAUCCAACAAAUACCAAAAUAUUGCUGACAGAACCUCCAAUGAAUCCCUUGAAAAAUCGCGAAAAAAUGAUUGAGGUGAUGUUUGAAAAAUAUGGCUUUGAUUCAACCUAUAUUGCCAUACAAGCUGUUCUCACUCUCUACGCUCAAGGUUUGAUAUCUGGAGUUGUUAUUGAUUCGGGAGAUGGUGUCACCCACAUAUGUCCGGUAUAUGAAGAAUUUGCUCUGCCGCAUUUAACAAGGCGUUUGGACAUUGCCGGCCGUGAUAUUACCCGUUAUUUGAUCAAGCUACUCCUAUUACGUGGCUAUGCAUUUAAUCAUUCCGCUGAUUUCGAAACGGUGCGCAUGAUGAAGGAGAAGUUGUGCUAUAUUGGUUACAAUAUUGAAAUGGAACAAAGACUGGCUUUGGAAACGACAGUAUUAGUGGAAUCAUACACCCUACCGGAUGGUCGGGUGAUAAAAGUUGGCGGCGAACGAUUUGAAGCCCCCGAGGCUCUCUUCCAACCACAUUUGAUUAAUGUUGAAGGUCAGGGUAUUGCCGAAUUGGUAUUCAAUACCAUACAAGCUGCCGACAUUGAUAUGCGUCCAGAAUUGUAUAAACAUAUUGUGCUAUCGGGUGGUUCGACCAUGUAUCCCGGCCUACCUAGUCGUUUGGAACGUGAAAUUAAGCAGUUAUAUUUGGAAAGAGUUUUAAAGAAUGACAUCGAUAAAUUGGCGAAAUUCAAAAUUCGCAUUGAAGAUCCACCCCGAAGAAAAGACAUGGUAUUCAUUGGUGGUGCUGUCUUGGCUGAAGUAACCAAAGAUCGUGAUGCCUUCUGGAUGUCGAAGCAAGAGUAUCAAGAGCAAGGUCUUAAAGUAUUACAGAAACUACAGAAAAUAACAGCCUGAAAACGAAUAUAAUUCGUGUUCAUUUGGGAAACACUAUACAAAAUGAAAUUCCGCAAACAUAAAACAAUUAUUGAUGAAGGUGACAAAGAAUGCAUUAAAACGAUUAACAAAUGUGAGGUGUUUCAACCGGCAUAUUCAUCAAACACUACACUAGAAAGUCAUUUAAAACAAACAAACAAAAUUAUGCUAAGUUGCUAAAGAACUUUCCAAAUCUUCCAUACCAAAACAGCUUGUAAUUCUAAAUACUACCUUCAAUGCUGUUCUUUAUCUAAAUUUUGACUUUAGUCCUUGUUAUUUUUUGUAUGCAAAAAUGGAAAACAAACAAAAACAAUAAGAAUUAUACUUUACUUCUUCCCUUAACAACAACAAAAUUGUUAUACAAUUCUAUUUUCUUGUUUGUCUACAAUUUCUAUAAAAAAAAUGCAUUUAUGUCAAAUUUGCUCUUUUUCUAUUACAUAUGACCUCUUCCUCUUUUCCUUUUCCUUAAAUCUUAAUAAUUUUUCUGUUUUUGUUUUAUAAUUUUUACGAGUGUAUACACAGAUAUUUUUAAACAAAAUUUUAUUUAAUUUUUUUUUUUAAUUUUCAAGUAUUUUCUAGUAUUUUUAAACCGUAAAACAUAACC